GCUGUCAGCGCGAGGCGCCGCCUUAGUCUCCCUCAAACAAAGCCAAUUAAAAACACAUCGCAUAAUUGUAAUGUCAGCCUGCUUGAGGGUACUCAAAAGUUAAUAUAGCACUUCAGAGUUGUGUUGUUUUCAGCUGAAUUCUGGUCAAUAUUAGUUCAUUCACAUGCCCAGUGAGCUUCGUACUUUGCCCUUAUUGCUGGGCUGGACUGGUGUGUUGAACCUACAGUGUAAUGUCUAUUAUGCGGUGUCUUGUAGCCACGGUCUCAUGAGACAAACCUAUAGCAUGGUCUUUUAAGGUUUUGCUGUGGUGAUCCUCUUUAAGUUCACUGAAACAUCGCGAAAAGCGAUCUUUCCCAAUGCACUGUUGAAAGAGAGGACUGUCGGCCAGCGGUGGAGAGACUGGAAGGAAGUGGAUAAAGAUAUAGGAGACGGUCCCGUCCCGAAGAAAAACAGCGCUGACCUGGGAUCAUCUCAAACGCUUCCGUGUGUUUCGACAGGCUUGCUCCAUCGUUGUUUUGAUAACGGGAGGCAAGGAUGGCGAUGCAAAUGGGUGAGCUUGAUAAUGGCGUGGUGAAGGUGGCAGAGUGGCAGCAGACAAUGUAUAGCGUAGACUCUGGCAUCCAGUCCGGAGCAACCACAGUCAAAGCUGACGAGGGCGAGUACACCUCCUCGAAGCAGUACACCGUGACCACCACUGUCACAAGUGAACAGCCUGACUUGGAUACUCAGUACACUCUGACCAGAGCCCAGCGGGUGCGGGCUGCCAUGUUCCCAGAGACGCUGGAAGAAGGCACAACUAUCUUGUCUACUCAGACAGACUCAACCCAGAUGACCAACGUCCAGCGGCUGGCUGAGCCCUCCCAGAUGCUCAAGACCGCCAUCAUCCAUCUGAUCAACUACCAGGAUGACGCCGAGCUGGCCACACGUGCCGUGCCCGAGCUCACCAAACUGCUCAACGAUGAAGACCCGGUGGUGGUCAGCAAGGCAGCACAGAUUGUCAACCAGCUUACGCGCAAAGAGGCAUCGCGCCGUGCACUAAUGCAGUCCCCUCAGAUGGUGGCAGCAGUGGUGCGGGCCAUGCAGAACACAAGUGACAUGGAGACUGCACGUGCAACCGCCAGCAUCCUACACAACCUGUCUCACCAGAGAGAGGGCCUGCUCUCCAUCUUCAAGUCUGGAGGCAUCCCUGCUCUAGUCCGCAUGCUCAGUUCUCCCAUGGAGUCUGUGCUCUUCUAUGCCAUCACCACGCUCCACAACCUACUGCUGCACCAGGAGGGAGCUAAGAUGGCCGUGCGUCUGGCCGACGGCCUGCAGAGGAUGGUUCCCCUGCUGAAGAAGAGCAACCCCAAGUUCUUGGCCAUCACCACAGACUGUCUGCAACUGCUGUCGUAUGGCAACCAGGAGAGCAAGCUGAUCAUCCUUGCCAACGGAGGUCCUGAGGGUCUAGUUCACAUCAUGAGAAACUACAGCUAUGAGAAGCUGCUGUGGACCACUAGCCGUGUGCUCAAAGUCCUCUCUGUGUGCCCCAGCAACAAACCCGCCAUUGUAGAGGCUGGUGGGAUGCAGGCUCUGGGUAAACACCUCACAGGCUCCAGCCAGCGUCUGAUGCAGAACUGCCUGUGGACGCUCAGGAACCUGUCUGAUGCUGCCACCAAGCAGGAGGGUAUGGACAGCCUGCUGCAGGUGCUGGUGGGCCUGCUCAGUUCAGAUGACAUCAACAUGCUCACUUGUGCCACCGGCAUCCUGUCUAACCUCACGUGCAACAACGCCCACAAUAAAACUCUGGUCACCCAGAGCAAUGGUGUCGAGGCACUGAUCCACGCCAUAUUGCGUGCCGGCGAGAAGGAGGAUGUAACUGAACCUGCCGUUUGCGCUCUGCGCCACCUGACUUCACGCCACCAGCAGGCUGAGGUGGCGCAGAAUGCUGUGAGGAGACACUACGGCAUCCCCGCCAUCAUCAAGCUGCUCAACCAACCCUACUACUGGCCUGUCAUCAAGGCUGUGGUUGGCCUGAUCCGUAACCUGGCCCUGUGCCCAGAGAACCAGGCCCCACUCAGGGACGCAGGAGCAAUCCCCCGUCUCGUCAACCUGCUGCUCAAAGCCCACCAAGACGCCCAGAAACACGGCUCAUCUGCCCAGCAGACAUACCAGGAUGGAGUGAGGAUGGAGGAGAUUGUGGAGGGCUCCACAGGAGCUCUGCACAUCCUGGCCAGAGAUCCCAUCAACAGAGCAGAGAUUGCCAACCUGCAGACCAUUCCUCUGUUUGUGCAGCUGCUCUACUCUCCAGUGGACAACGUGAAGCGCGUGGCAGCGGGCGUCCUGUGCGAGCUGGCCCUGGACAAACCAUCAGCUGAGCUCAUCGACAGCGAGGGAGCGUCGGCUCCACUGAUGGAGCUGCUGCACUCCAACAACGAGGGCAUUGCUACUUACGCUGCAGCUGUACUCUUCCGCAUCUCCGAGGAUAAGAACUCAGACUACAAGAAGCGGGUGUCUGUGGAGCUAACACACUCUCUGUUCAAACAUGACCCUGCUGCCUGGGAGAUGGCCCACAACAGCGUCCCCAUGGAUGUACACUAUCCAGAUGAGCUGGAUGCUCCUUUCCAAGCCUACGGAUAUCCAGCUGAAAUCGCACUAGAGGGCAUGGAGGGAAAUAUGAUGCGUGACGACUACACAGGCAGCACGGCCUACGAAAGACAAUCGUACCAUGAGCAUUAUUAAAGACCCAGAGGAGAAGUGGAAGAGGAGGCAGAGGAGCUGAAGUUGGACGUAAUGGGACAAACAAGAGAAUAUAGUCAUCUGUAGAGAUUAUUCCCUCUACUCUUAGCCUGAUGUAAUAUAUGCAAUUAUCAGCAACUACAGGACUCCUAAUCUUAACAGGGCUCAACUUUGUUUUAUAGCCUAAUUUUGCUGAUUAUAAUUAUGACAAGGACAAUGCUUGUAGGUUUCUGUUAGAGAACCUUAUAAGAGUGUGUGUGCAUGUGAGUAUGUGUGUGUGUGUUUGUGCUUUUGGGUGGGUAUUCUAUGCCAAAGAGAUUUUAUUUUGUGAUGAUAAUCGUGUAGCUUCCUCUUUUUUUUUUUCUUUUCUUUUUUUUUUUUUUUUUUUUUAAGAAAAAGAAACAAAAAAAAAGGAGAAUAAUAGUUGAAAACACUGCCAGAGGUGGCUCAACGUGCACGGUGCACCUGUUCACCGCUCUUUCUUUCUUAACGCCUUUGUAACAGACACUGCUGUCUAUGCUGUAGUUUUGACACUAUAUUCUGUCAACUUUCUCUCGCUGUGACCCAAGAGUCUGUGAAGAGUUAGUUAACACGGACUCAUUCUUUCUCUCUGCACUAAUUCAGUAGGAGUGAACAAACGGGGAGAUGUGGAGGGCUGCCCCCCCUCUUAUAUAAUCAGCUGACAUGUGGAUUAUAAGCAGUGUAGGUGAACAAGAUGAUUGUCUGUUUUUAUGAAUUGUUUCUCACCUUUUAUAAGUUAUUUACUGGGAAAGGUUCACAUUAUCCCGAAUUACCAGAAUAUUAACAACAAUUCCUUUGAUUAGAAACUGAACUUAAAGAGAAGAUCAUAUGUGACUAGAAUAACGUGCAGGAGAACAACAGCGUGGGUAAAACAGUUUUACAGAUUUGUUCAACAGAUUGACUAAUUCGUUGGUCAACACAUUAGAUAAUGUAGUUGGAGACGGCCCUACAGCUAGAGCAAACUACUGACAGGGAAAUUUGUCUUUCUACUUAAUAAGAGUUUUUACUGAAAUUUUGUUUAAUAAAAAUAAAGUAUAUAUUAAACGUAUUGCGGUGUCCAUGUUUAUUGAUUUACAGAUCAGAAAUCUACCUGUUUUUAACCUUUUAAAAUACACCGUGCCACACGGUACUACUUUAGGUGUGUUUUGGUCUGUGCUGGACUCAAUCUUAACACAACCUUGACAAAACUUGUCUGAAAGCUCUAAGGCUCCUGAUUCUAUCUGUGCAAAGCAUUUUAGGAUCCACAUAACACUGCAGCAGCUGUUGACACAGAAUUGGUUCAGACUCAUGGCUACAGCUCCGGGAGUGUUUUCAACACAAAAGGUCCUACGACCGGCCUUGUGUUCCCUUUUUUUAUGCCAAAAAAAACUUUGGUUUGGUGUCCCUUAUACUCGUUCUGACUUUUGGUUGUAAAAUUUAAUGAGUUACCUUUCAAAGAAGACCAGGGUUAUGACUGGAAUUAAGAGUUGAGGAACAGUAACCUUUUUAUUUUGGGUACAUUAUUUCCAGGUUGGGGGAUGGGGAUGUCUAGUAACAGGUUAAAUCUAUUAAAAUGAUUGUUGAAACAGUUAUUAUACCUAUAAUGAAAGCUAAAAAUGCACAUUUUUAUAUGUUUGGUGUCUGAGAUAAAUCCCAUAAUAAGAACAACUGUCCAUCAGGACUCCUGUGGUCUGUUUACUAUCCAACAUUCUUUACUGUAGCAUUUAUCAGAUUCUGUACUGUAAGUCUUAAUGGUGAAAUCUGUGCAUAGGUACAUGAAAACAUUUAGCCAUCUCCCUAAUCAGUAGUUUAGGAUUGUGUUGAUUGAGUGUUUGGUUUAAAAAAAAAAAAAAAAAAAAA